CAUUUAUAUAUUAUAAAAUAUGACUAAACAAUGAGACUAACAGUUUCUCAAAAAAAAAAAAAAAGAAUGAGAGGAAAUUUCCUAGAGUUUCAGAAUAAUGAAAAUGAGACCAAAACUCCAUUCAAACCCUUUGAAUUAAAUAAUUAAUUUCAAAUGCCAUAGCCAAGUUGAGUUCCAUUUUAUUCUUUCUUUGAUUAAAAAGAAAAGAACUACGCAUAUAUAAUAUCAAACUAUAAAUUUAUAACUAUUAAUAUUAAACACUAAAUUAGUUUUUAGCUAGCUAUAUAGCAUUGUCAGUUUAAAUUAAUUUAAGGAAGAUAUAUAUAUAUAUAAAUUAUUGUUUUGAUUUCUAAUUUGAUCAAAGCAUUAUUAGGAUGAUGAUUUGGAGGUUGGUCAUUUUUCUGGUACUUUUACUACCGCCGCCGGAAGAUGCGGCGGCGGCGACCGUGGAGUUACCAAUUGAGAAAGAGUUCGGGCCAUUCAACCAAUCUUACUACAACUUCUUCUCUGUACUAACUCCGGCCACCAUAAGUAACGGCGCUCUUCAAGUGACUCCCGACUCGGCCGGAAACUUCACCUUGGCCAACCGCGCCGGUCGAAUCUUCUUCAACCAAUCAUUCAAGCUCUGGGAUGAGUCUUCCAACAAGGUGGCCUCUUUCAACACUUCAUUUCUGUUUAACAUGUUUCGGGUCAACGGGUCCAAGACUCCCGGAGAGGGUUUGGCCUUUCUUAUAGCUCCCAAUAACGUUGACCUUCCUCCCGGAAGUAGCGGUCAGUACCUGGGUUUGACCAACGCCACCACUGACGGCAAUCCCAGCAACAAAAUCGUCGCCGUUGAGCUCGACACAGUCAAGCAGAGCUUCGACCCGGAUGAUAACCAUUUGGGUCUCAAUAUAAACUCAGUCAAGUCUAUCAAGACCGUCAAACUCUCCGAUUUCGGCAUUGAGAUUGUUCCCGUCGGUACCCGUUUACAUAUGGUCUGGAUUCAAUACGACGGCGUUUCGAAACGGCUCAGCGUUUUCCUGGCCGAGCAGAAACAGGAACCAGACUUGAGUUUCGUGAUCCAACCCAGACCCAGUAAACCCCUCUUGACGGCUGAUCUAGACCUUAGUAAGGUCGUCAACCAAAAUUCCUACCUGGGUUUCGCCGCAUCCACCGGGGACUCGUAUCAGCUUAAUUGCGUGCUGAGAUGGAAUCUAACGGUGGAGAAGCUACCGGGUUAUGAUGAUCUGAUUAGCGGAGAAGGGAAUCGAGGACAGAAGAUCGGAGUAGCAGUGGGGUUGGGGGUGGCCGGAGUGGUGAUUCUGGUGGUGGGAUUAAUGGGUUUGUCUUAUUACAUAUAUCGGCGGAAGAAGGCGGCGUCGGAUCCGGCGAUUUUGGGGGCUCUGAAGAGCCUUCCGGGGACUCCAAGGGAGUUCAAUUUCAGUGAGCUGAAAAAAGCAACGAAUAAUUUUGAUGAGAAACGUAAAUUGGGUCAAGGGGGUUUUGGUGUGGUUUACAGAGGUUUGUUGCCUAAAGAGAGAGUCGAAAUUGCAGUGAAGAAAUUCUCGAGGGAAAAUCUCAAAGGCAAAGAUGAUUUCUUAUCUGAGUUAACAAUCAUUAAUCGUCUUCGUCACAAACAUUUGGUCAGCUUACUCGGGUGGUGCCACAAGAACGGGUCAUUGCUACUUGUAUACGACUACAUGCCCAACGGCAGCCUAGACAACCACCUCUUCUGUGGCCCGGAUCAGGAGCCACUGAGCUGGAACCUCCGUUACAAGAUUGCAACUGGGGUGGCUUCGGCCCUGCAUUACCUCCACAACGAGUAUGAGCUGAAAGUGGUCCACCGUGACCUCAAGGCCAGCAACAUCAUGUUGGAUGCUCACUUCAACGCUCGCCUAGGUGACUUUGGCCUGGCGCGUGCCAUCGACAACGAGCGCACUUCUUACGCUGACCAACACCUCGAUGGUGUACCUGGCACACUUGGGUACAUUGCUCCUGAGUGUUUCCACACAGGCAGGGCCACUCGCGAGUCUGAUGUGUACGGCUUUGGUGCUGUCUUGCUUGAGCUCGUCUGUGGCGAGAGGCCGUGGACCAAGAAGGGAAACUUCAACUCUUUGGUGGAUUGGAUAUGGUGGAUGCACCGGGAAGGCUGCCUUCUCAAGGCGGUGGAUGAGAGGCUUGGGAGUGAUUACACUGAGGAGGAGGCUGAGAGGCUUUUGCUGCUGGGGUUGGCUUGUUCUCAUCCUAAUGCAGGGGAAAGGCCUACAACUGAGGCCAUCAUUCAGAUCAUUUCAGGGUCGGUUUCGGUUCCCCAUGUACCGCCUUUCAAGCCAUCUUUCGUGUGGCCAUCGUACAUGCCAGAUGGGGCGGCAUUGGGGUUGGACAGUAGCAGUUACACUAAUUCUAAUGCUAAUAGCAUGGCUACUAGUAUUACAACUGGCUCAUCUUGGCACGUUGGUUGGACGCCUUAAUUAGUAUCUCAUCAGAACACACCAGGGAAUUGGAAUGAGAAUGGGAUAGCAUAACAAACGGAAGCUUUUGUUCUAUUUUUCUAUAUAUACCCAAGAAAAAGUCCUAUAAAUACAUGUUUUCAUUCCUACUUCGUAAUUGUUUUGAGUUGGAUAGAAAUCGAGGGGUUGACACCAUAUAUUUAUUCUACUACGUUCUUUGUUUUUUUUUUUUUUUUAUUAAUCUAUUGAUUGUUGUUCUAUAUUGGUAGAUGGGAGUGGAGGCCGAAGGUUUUUGCCAGUGUGUAAAUUGUAUAUUCUUAUUAUUUGUCACAUAUAUAACAAAUUGUUUUAAUUGCUUUA